UACGGGCACUUCAGUAGACCUCGAAUUCCUGUGUAGAAAAUUUUGCCACCAUCUUUGUGAAUCAUAGACUGUGUUUAUGAGUGUAAUGGGAGUGACGAUGCUUUGUUCUGUGAUGAAAUAAACAACGACAUCCUGGGCGCUGAAGUGCAGGAGGUUAAGAAAAGGCAACUAAUGGAUAAAAAUGGCAAUUACUUGAGAUUUUGUUGACAAAAAAUAAUGUUUUGCUUUAUGAGGGCAUGAAACUGCAGUGAACCAUAGUUUUGUCCUCCAGUCAAACAUUCAUCAAAAUGGAACUGUACAUUGAAACAUUAACGGGAACCUUUUUUGAGUUGCGAGUUUCACCUUUUGAAACCAUUAUGUCCGUAAAGGCAAAGAUUCAAAGACUUGAAGGGAUUCCCAUUGGACAGCAGCAUUUAAUCUGGCAGGCCAUGGAGCUAGAGGACGAUUAUUGUCUCCACGACUACAGCAUCCACGACGGCGCCACCCUGAAGCUGGUCCUGGCCAUGCGGGGCGGUCCAAUUAAUACCAGAAGAAUUCCAAUGGAAGACCCAACCCUGAGAGAAAUGGCAGAAUAUGUGGAGGCAAAUCGAGACGAAAUCUGGGAGAAAAUACCAGGCAAUCGGCAGGUCACUCUACUGGUGUUUAGAGAAGGGGACCAGUUGAAUUUUUUCCGCGUAGUAGAUCGUGGGGACGGAACCCUUACUCCGCUCUCUGAAUCACUGAGUGGGGCCUCGAUGUAUAAUUUUGAUGACCAGGAGGAGGAGGAAGAGGCGCCUCCCAAGGAGAAACUUGAGGAAAACGAACAACUCAAGGAGAAAAUGAAGCAGCUUAGAGGCAAAAUGGAGAAAUUAACUCUCACUAAAAAGCCUAAGAAAAAGAUUCCUCGUCCGCCCUCUUCAGAACAUUCCAGUAGUAGCCGUGGUGCUAGACGUCGACAGCUCCCGGGCUCCGGGAGAACCCUAUCUCACAACCUCAACAGAAACUUCUGUCUGCCACCUGUUGGCCAUCAUUCAUCAUACUCCCAAGGGGAGCAAACUGCUACCAUAGAAAUCAGCAACAAAGAUGAUAUGAACUCUGGUGGUGUUAUGGGUCAAAACAUGGCUGCUAGCCUCAACCAUAACAUAGGAAGUGGUUUGUUAAAUUAUAACGAACUUGAAACCAAUUCCGAACACAAUAAAAGCCAUAGUGCCAAAUCAACCCGUAGUAGGAGUCGCCAGAUGAUGGCCGAGAAUACAGAACUUAGUGCUAGCCGAUUAGGGAUCCUGUCCAGUGUCAAGGAGGAUAGUAGCCUGGUGCACGAGUCACAGCUCGCCACCGAGUGGAGGGAGGGGGGAGUCAAAUCCUGGGAGGGGGAGGAUAGUGAGAACAUUAAAUCGGAUUUUAUAAGCUCUAACACUUGUACACCUUCAUCAUCCAAAGUGAGAGACCUACACAGAUUGAGCAGUCUGCAGGAAACUGUCACGAAAAAGAAAGAUGUGAAUCUAGAAAAUUACAAGGAUACUCUACAACCUCCUCCUUCUUCUUCUUCCAAAACAAAACAAAAACUGAAAGGGGAUCUCACCAUAGAAAACAUUAAGGAGGUCCUGGGCCGACCCCAGGCAUCCAAUAAAGACUUGACUUUAGAGAGUCUCCAAGAAUCACUAGGGAGACCUACCACCUCCUCACGUUUCAAGGGAUUGGAACGGAGGAAAGAGUUCACUCUGGAAAGUCUGAGUACCAGUGAGGCUCGGGCAAUGUCAGGGCUCCUCAGGCAGGCAUCCCUAGAAAAAAUAGGAUCUUCUCGUAUCGGCAACUUUGUGCCAAGCGGAAGUAAAUCCCGUCUUGGAAAUUAUGCCCUUGGGAGCACAAGUCAGGAAGGAAGGAUUAUUUCCCCAGAGGAACGAUUGUUGUCUGCCCAUCUACAGAGGGUCAACAGUCGCGAUGGAAGGAUGCUCUCCCCUUCACAUAGACUGCCCCCUGUCAAGUCCAAAAAGAAGGCUGCCAAACGGUGCUUUGUCUGUGGCAAGAAAACCGGCCUUGCCACCAGCUAUAUAUGCAGGUGUGGAAACAACUUCUGUGCUACACAUCGCUAUGCUGAGUCUCACGAUUGCACUUUUGAUUAUAAAACGGAGGGACGCAAGCUGUUGGAACAAAGCAACCCAGUUGUCAGUGCUCCUAAGUUACCCAAAAUCUAACUCAGGAACCCUAGGAAUGUGGCUGUGAACUCCUUGUUUUUUUGUGUGCUCUUUCAGUGUCUAGAAAACCUUAAGUGGGGUACACAUAGAGUUAUUUACCGUUUGAUUUGGAAUGACUUUUUAGCAUUGUAUUCUCCCUUUUUUAAAUAGUUGAAGUGCAUUUGAUUCAUGUUUACUUAUCAUUAUAGUUUUUAUUUUUCUUUUGAAUUAUAUCCAUCAAGUAACUGGUUGUUAAUAUUUUUGCAAAGGGAGGUCUAUAUUAGUUUGAUUUUUUAAAAAAUAUUUGUAUCUAUACAAUGCCUAAGUGUAAUUUUUGCUAAUACUAAAAUUCUGUACUACUAUAUUGGACCAAAUAUGGGGAUGCCAGUGUUUAUAUUAAACAUAUCUGUAGGCAGUAUAAUUAUUAUAGCCCUUGGGUUUCAUUGAAUGAAAUUGUGUUACAUGUAUUUCUGAACAACAGGAACCUUCUAUAAUGACUGAACUUAUAAAUUAUUAAGGCAGAUAAUUUAUCUUCAGCUUCAAAAGUAUCCCUGUUAUUAUAUGUUGAAUUGUCAUAUUUCCCUUAAAGUUUUCAUGAUGAUUGGUUUUUUUUUUCUUAUAGAUGAAUAAUUUUGAAAAGGAUUUGAAACUAUUCAAGACAAAUGAUAUGUUUUCUUUAAAAAAAAAUCUAGUCUAGACAGAGAUGUUUUGAAAGUGCACCUAUGAUUUUGUAUACUUUCUUGGAAUUUGUGAUAAUUAUUUUUUCAGAUGUCUUUCAUUUGCUGGGUGUUGAGUGGGAAUGUCCUUUUGUUUGUUUUCUGCUGAGAAUGUCUGUCUGUUGAUAUAUGCCUUUAUUACGUUAAAGCCCCGAAUCAGUGGAGAUUUUUAAUUAGAGUUUGUUAAAUUAUCAUGUUAGUCAGUUUCAGAUUUUCAUUUUUCACUUUUCACGUACAUAUGUACUUGUUAGUACUGGACUUUUUUCCUCCUUCUUCAUUUGAGCACUUGUUAAAUUACAAUUACAAACUGUUUUUCACAGCUUUAAUUAGAGCUUUUACAUUCAUUGCAGGGUUUUCACACAUGUUCGUAAGUUUGCAUUUUGUAUUGAUUGAUGUUUCAUUAUUAGAAAACCUUCAGGUUCUUUUUAAUAUUAUCCCACAAGAAGUGCAUUGACAAUUUAUUUUUCAACAAUAAAACAUAACAAUCUUUGUUUCUGAUGUACACAAAUGUUACUCUCUAGGUCUAUAAUAAGUUGUACAUUUUUGUACUGGUUAAUAUUUAAUAUUGCUAUAUUGUGCUACAGUGAAAUGUUAAACAAUUCCAGAACCAUAAUGGUUUUUGCUGAAAUUCUACCAUUAUUUCAAGGUUGUCAGUGGUAAAAAAAAUCUAGUGGAUUUGAAGGAAAACAUCUGUAAGAUUUAAAAGUUGUGUUUAUUUCUGUUAUGGUUGAAACAUACCUUGAAAUACCAGAUAAGGAAACAAAACAUUACUUGGUCUUUUUCGAACCUGCACAUCAAAUGAUGAGCAUUUUACUCAUUACUUAAUGUUGUAGGAUUUAUAUGUAUUAAUUAACAUCGAAUAUAAAUAAUUAACAGUCUUGCCCUUACCCCACCCUCCCUCCCCUCCCCACACCUUAUGCCCCUUGUCUUGUUGAUUUCCAUGUCAAGCUUUUCGAAGACAUAGGCUGAGUGCUGUAAAAUGAGGGAUGCAGACAAUAACAUAGGAAAAAUAUAUCCACGUGCAUUUCUAUCUCUGCACAAUUAGGAACUAUAUUUGAACUAACGAACUGAAUUAUUAUAGUUAGUGAUACAUUCAACCUUUUGUUAUUGUUUCAAAAUAUAGUUUGGGUAUAUUUUUUUCCCUAUUUUAACUACUUUAUUUGAAAUGAAUUUUCAAAUUCUAGCCUAUGAUUGUCAGUGGAGUUGUAUUUUUUUGACCAAGUGAUGGUUCAUUUACCUUGAAAUUGUCGUAGAAUAUAAGCAUACAAAUACUCAAGUGAACAAUCUUUUGUUGUUUUUUUUCCAGUUAAUUUUUCAUAGUGUAUGUAAUCAUGUCAGUAGAUUGUUUAUUUUUUACCUUCUUCAAGUUACACCUUUGCUAAAGAUUGAAUGGAAAAUUUAUAAGUUCCCCAUUUAGGGAAUGUUGUGAAGGGUGAUGAGUUACUCCCCUUUUUUAGGGACAUUUUUUUGUUAGCACCAAUGUUUAUGAAAAAAUAACCAUUUAAUACAUGUUUUUGUUUGUAUGCAUAUAUUGUUAUAUGCAUUUAGUGUAUAUUGUGCACAGUUAAUGAGUGUGAAUAAUUAUGAAAAAAAUAAAAACAAUCAAUAAA